UUAGAAAGUUUGGUGUGUUACUGUUAGUAACAGGUGAGAAAAUAUUCGCGGCCGAAGAGGAGGAGGAGGAAGAAGAAGAAGAAGAUGAUGCCCAGAUGCUCUGUUUCGUCCAAAGAAGUUCAGCUCUUUCAGAGCUUGAAUGGACUUCAACAACUCGCCGAAACACGUCGUUUCAAGGCAUGGUUUUUAGAUCAAUUUGGGGUCCUUCAUGAUGGCAAAAACCCUUAUCCGGGGGCAAUUUCAACACUAGAAAAACUAGCAAGUACUGGUAGCAAGAUGGUGAUCAUAAGUAAUUCCUCAAGACGUGCAUCAACAACCAUUGAAAAGAUGAAGAGCCUUGGAUUUGAUCCCUCUCUUUUUAUGGGAGCCAUUACUAGCGGAGAAUUGACACAUCAAUACCUGCAAAGGAAAGAUGAUGCUUGGUUUGCAGCACUUGGAAGAUCUUGCAUCCAUAUCACUUGGAGUGACCGGGGUAUCAUAUCUCUUGAGGGACUAGACAUACAAGUUGUAGAGAAUGUUGAAGAAGCUGAGUUUGUUUUGGCCCAUGGAAGUGAAGCUUUGGGGCAUCCUUCUGGUGCUGCAAUUCCCAUGAAACUCACGGACCUUGAGAAAAUAUUAGAGCGCUGUGCUGCCAAAAGAAUUCCAAUGGUGGUGGCAAAUCCCGAUUACGUGACUGUUGAGGCAAGGGACUUGCGAGUAAUGCCUGGAACUCUGGCGGCCAAAUAUGAGAAGCUUGGGGGUGAAGUGAAAUGGAUGGGCAAGCCAGAUAAGAUAAUCUAUGAAGCAGCCAUGGCAAUGGCUGGUGUUGAUGCGUCUGAUUCUAUUGCUGUUGGUGAUUCUCUCCACCAUGACAUCAAGGGAGCAAAUCAGGCUGGAAUCCAAUCAGCUUUUAUCACUGGUGGAAUCCAUGCAACAGAACUUGGAGUCAGCAAUUUUGGAGAAACUGCAGAUUUGUCUUCUGUUGAAGUUCUUGCAUCGAAAUAUAAUGCUUAUCCGUCAUAUGUAUUACCUGCAUUUACAUGAUGCAGAUGAGUUUUCCAUUUGCUUGGCAGUCAUGACAGAUUUGUUGAAAUCGUAGACUUCCAUUCCCCUGAGUUCUGACUGUCUUUGACUGGAUGUUCCAAUCUAGGAUGGCCUAAAUCAUUACUUAGAAUGUCCUUCUGAUUCUGUGUGUCGAUCAGUGUACUACAGGAAUCCCAAUAAAUGGUUAGAGCCACAGAGCAAAACAUUCUACUUAAAAACACUACAGUGUGUUUCUAUGAACACUAUGGAAUUAUUUUGACGUCAUAUGUGUAGAAAGAUGACUUGUUA